AGACGAUUGAUCGUCAAAUUGGCUAUCAAUUAUGCAAGCUUAAGGAAGGUCCCAUUGCAAUAGCAUUUCCAAUCAUCGCCUAUCAAGUAAACCAUCCUCCACACCCGUUGUCCAAUGCCCCGCCGUGAAUCCACGCGACCUCUCUCCCCCGACUGGCUGAAUCCGGACAAGACCCAUUUACUGCCAACUCCUCCGGCCCUGCAACCCCGACGGCUUGCCACAGCUGCCCACGCGACCCUGCGAUACCGAGGCUGAUAUACCAGAAGCACAGAGAAAGCCGAUUUUUGCCUUCUCCCUCUCAGAUUCCCAUCAAAAGUGAUACUACAAGUGCGAGAGGUUCUGUGAGAGCGUAUCUCCCCGCUUGGGAGACGGUGGUCUUCGGACGAUGACACGAGCUGUUGCUCCGCCGAUUCUGCUGCAGCUCCAGAGCUCGGAGUCGGCUUCCACACAAGUUCCUUUGCUGCGAACGCUGAAAAAUGAACUGAUCGGCCAUGAUCAGCGCAAAGAAACCUAUGUGGCGGCCGGCAUCAUUCCAGCUUUGGGGCAGUUGCUUAGCACGCGACGUCCGGGGAAAGCUAGCGGAACAGAGUCCAAUGGGGCCGCCUUGAACCAGCCUUCACUCUAUCAGAAUUCCGACGAAUCUGAAGCAUGUCUCCAGGCUAUCCUGAUUGCUGGCAGCCUGGCACAAGGGGGACCAACAUUCCUUGCUCCUAUCUUCGCCAGCGACAUCCUUCCAACCCUUCUCGCCAUUCUAUCUUCCCCAGAUUGUCCUCCCUCGUUUACUCUCCCGAUCCUGCGAUUCCUGAAUACCAUUGCAGACCGACUGCCACUGCAAAGCCAAGAUCAAUGGCCCCGAGACACCCGGCUGGCAGAUUUGGUCUUUUCAGGCGAGAACAUUAACUCGAUUAGACGGAUCAUUGCGCAGGAUUACGGCUCUGCGCGCAGUCGGGCCUGUAUUGAGCUGGCAGCUACAUUGAUCGGAAAGCUAUGCACGGAAGAGAUUCACAAGACGGCCUUGGCAGAAUCCGGGGUGCUGGAUGCCCUGGCUGUCAAGAUUGCCUCUUUUGUGGUGGCGCAAGGCUUUGUCCUCCCCGGUGCUGAAGAUAGUCUACAAGACGCUGGUGCAUUGGGGGAACUUCCAGCCCCAGCCCCGACAUCCGCACGCCUGGCUCCUAUACUUCGUGCAGUCACGGUAAUCAUCGAGCAGUCGAAAUGGCGGGCAGAACAUUUUCUGUCUUCACCGGGAAUUGUUACUGUAUUUCCCAAACAAGUGCCCGGAUUCGCUUCAUCGGAUAUCAGAAAGGGUCCCUGGGGAUCGACGUACCUGUCCGGCUCCGCGGUCCCGCGUAACACGGGCGCGAAUCCAGUCGAUACUUUGCUACCAUCAGUCCCUUUAGCGCAUGGGAGAUCAUCACCAAACUCCGCCAAUUUCCCGCCUUUGGGGAAUGGUGGCUCUCAGCGUCGCCAUAGUCACUCCUUCCCUACGCCGUUUUCGCUGGCCGAGACGCCAACCCCGGAAGAGGAGGAAAACUCCAUCGUCCCGUGGCUACUAUGUAUUCUCCGCUCCGAGGGAGGUAUGGUGCGAUUGAUGGCUGCUCGGCUGGUCACGGUUCUUUUCCGCCUCGGCCUCUCGAAGAAGCAUCGGGUCCCGAUGUUCAGCUACUUAUUGGUUCCAAUUCUCCUUCGCAUGCUGGACAAGGACUUUGAAAUACCAGACGACCAUGACCCUUGCGACGAUGGUCUGAUCACACCAACGCAGCGCUUGAAAGAGGAGGCCCCGGCCGUAUUGGCCAAUCUGGUCAUGGAUGAUCAAGAUCUUCAGAAACACGCUGUCGAUGGCAAUGCACUCAAGAGGUUGUCUCAAUUGCUGAAAGAGACUUAUAACCCCGUUCCGGAGAGCCUGCGGCCAAUGUGGUAUGCGGAAGGCGAUGGCCCAGCUCGGGAUCCCGAGUCCAUGUCGGCGGACUGCCGGCUCGGACCUCCUGGGUACUCGCCCACUCUGUGUCAUGUGAUGCGGUACCGUGAGAGUAUCUUGAAGGCUCUAGCGGCACUUGUCCCAUUCAAGGACGAGUACCGUAAGGCGGUUUGUGAGAAUGGCGUGGUUCCAUACAUCAUCGACUCGCUCAAGCCUCGGCCUAGUGAUGCUCCCGCUGAUGCUGCUUCAAUGCCAAAGAAUUCAGCCACGGACGGCAAUCCCACGCCGACAAUUUUGGCUGCUUGUGGCGCUGCUCGGAUGUUGACCAGAUCAGUCAGCGUGCUGAGGACCAGCCUCAUCGAUGCUGGUGUUGCCCAGCCGCUAUUUGUUUUGAUCAAGCAUCCCGAUUUGGAGGUUCAGAUUGCGGCCACGGCAGCGAUUUGUAAUCUGGCGCUGGAUUUCAGUCCCAUGAAACAGGCAAUCAUCUCGGCCGACAUUAUCCCGAUUCUCUGCGAGCAUGCCCGCUCAUCCAACACCAAGCUGCGAAUUGAAUCUCUGUGGGCACUCAAGCAUGUGGUCUACAACUCACAAAAUGACAUUAGAAUGAAAGUGAUCGAAGCUCUCACCCCAGCUUGGAUCCGACAAAUCAUAAGCCAGGAUCAAGUCAGCGCCUUGGCACGGCGAGGAUUGGAGGAGGACAUGGAACAAAGCUCAGGAAUCGCCAUGGGCCGUGCCAAUUCGUUUGGCGAACAGGUUGAUAUUCUCAAUCCCAUGGAGGACUCCGGCGAGCUAGGCGAAGACUUUAAGAUGUCCGACAGCAUGCCAUCGUCAAAGAUAAGCUUGGAUAUGUUCCUGCCAGAUGUCAGGCGCCGACGCAAGCUCGUUCUGCAUGGAUCGCUGGAGCAGUCUACCCAGUCUCGCCAAGAUGAUAUCGCAGUCCAGGAGCAGACCUUCGAUUUGCUACGCAAUAUCAUCUGCGGCGAAGGUGCCUUUGAGAUGAUCGACUUCCUAUUCAAGGAAAUCGGACAGGAUGAGCUGCUCAAUGCUCUCGCCAAUAAUCUCCGCCCGCGCACGAUCCAGCUCGCUCAUCGUCGCGAAGCGUCCAGCCGUCCUCUGCAUGUCCCUUCUGAGAUUCUAGGCUCCGUCAGCGCCCUGAUCAUCCACCUCGGCGCCGGUCAUCCACGUCAUCGACAGCUGCUGAUGUCGCACCCCGAUCUUCUGCACUCGCUGACGAACUACUUCAACCACUCCAACCGUGAAGUCCGGCUCAAUUGCGUGUGGGUAGUCAUCAAUCUCAUCUACGUGGAGGACUCGAGUGAUCGCGACGGAUGCCGAGAGCGGGCCAGCCAGCUGAAGGCUCUGGGGAUUGUAGACCGUCUGGCCAGUCUUCAGAAUGAUCCGGAUCUGGACGUGAAAGAGCGUACUAAGACUGCGGUGCAUCUCAUGAACUCGUUGACUUAGCCCUGGGUUUGUUUUUUGCUUGGAUACUGAUUUUGAAGGUAGGAACUGGACAUGGGCGUCUUCAUUAAGACUUGAACUGUGCAUAAGCCGUUUGCGGGUAUAUUCAUUUUCAAAAUGUGCUUUAGAUAGGAAAUAUUUAUUUUGUGUAGCACAUAGCACACUUCCUCUUUCCAGUAAGGUGCUUGCUCACCGGAUAAAUCAGAUCA